AUGUCUCUAACUUAUGGGUGGGCUAUAGGACCACGACAUUUGCUGGGUCACCUUACACAAACACAAACAGUCUUACCUAUACCCCAUUGCCAGCUCCUCAACCGCAUAUCCAUAUGUGCCUACCAUGACUACGAUAUCGCACCAUCGAACAAGGGAGGUGAGAAGACAAAUGAGGACAUCUCCAUAUUCUCAUUCAUCAAGGACAAGACUAGUGAUAAGGAGAAUGAGGGAAGCCUAUCUGGCGGACUCCAGGUUGACGAUGAAAGCUACACAGGGUCUGGAUCCACAGGUCCUCUGAGCAGGACUCAAUCCAGCAAAACGGGUUACGACAUUUGCCCUUCCUCGGACCUUUUGGAGCUUACAGGUCAAACAAUCAUGUAUUCUUCAACAUUGUUGACAAUGGACAGUACUCCCCUGGCCUCGAUUCCUCCUUCAUCUUCGUCUGAGUAUGCAAGCGCAAGAUCACCCUCCAUCGCAUCUUUCGGAUCACUUCCAUCUAUCCCAUCUCUGUACAGCAUGGCCAGCGAAGGUUCUACUCAUUACAGGACAGCAUCAGAACCAUCUACUACAUGCUCUAUGCAGUAUCAAACAGCGGAUAUCUGUCCUAGUGAAAUCAGGGUGAUACCAAGUGAAGAAGGAACACCUAGAGCAUUGGAGAUUGGACUUCCACCAGAAUCAGAAGGAGAACGGGAGGUUACACCAAGCGAGGUUCCACUACCAAGUGUAGUACCUAGUAUCACAUCAUCUCCCAGCUCAAUAUCCAUUUCUUCACCUUCAACUGUGUCUAGUGUUCACACUGAAGACAUCCCCCUUCCUGAAUCUGUUGCCUCGGAAUUGGAUCUAGAUAUCUUGCCCUCCCCAUCAUCAGUGACCAGUCUUCCUUUACCUCCACCAUCUAUGGAGAGUAGCAUUCUGCUUACCUUAUCACCGAGCUUACCUAGCAUCUCUUUGCCUCCCGAAAGCACUGAGGUCCAAUCUUCUAUUGAAUUCACUGAAAGUGAUGAGAGUGUCGCCCCCCCAGAAAGUACUGAAUCACCUAUGACCUCGGUAGUGUUGACACCAACACUGUUACGAGUCAAGUGCCCAACGUAA